GCAAAAAAAAAAAAAAAAAAGAAAAAAGUGAUUUAACUGAAUUUACAGAAAAGUGAGUUUAAAUAACUGGCAACAUUGAUUUAUGAUAUCAAGGCGCUUUCCUUUAAUAUAUUUAUGUCAUUUGUGAAUGGAAAAAACAAGUUGUAAAAAAGUACAGUUGUUUUCUGAGAAGAUAAUUUUUCAGUUAAUAUGCCUUUGCUUUAAAAGAGGCAGAGAACAUUAUAUGAGUAAGGUUUUGAUAUGAUGCGAAUUUUAACUUGGAAAACGUGUUUAAUUGGCGCUUUUUUAACAAACUUUGUUAUAGGCUUUAUUAUGUGGUUGAAUUUAGACAAGAACUGUAAUUGUUCUAAUUUUCAUGAAAAGUAUACAUCAUAUAUUCAUGCCGGGAAUCAAAAACAUACAUUAGAAAUUAGUAGCAGUAAUGAUUCUGACGUGCAAUUAUCAAGUAAAGCACUCAUUCUUGUACGUGAAUUUGAAUAUUUUGAAAACGAUCUGCCAGAUACUGUAAAAUCUAUUAGAAAUAUUCUACCAACAAUAAAAAUUUUAAUUAUAUCAGAUAAAAUUCCAUAUCCGCCAUUACAGCUUCCUGUCGGAAAUGAUGAAAAUAUUCAUAUAAUUAAUUUAAAACCAUAUGUAGGGAGAUCUUUCGAAUAUACUCAACCGUUUAAUUUAAUUGAUAAAGAACAUGUUUUCAUUGUGCCAGAUUCUUUAAGAAUGGAAAAUCUCUCUCAAAUGAUUUCAAUGAUGGAGGUCCAUAAUAAAAACCCUAAAAUUAUUAUUGCUGCACCCAUUGAGGGUGAAAACUUGAGUUGUUUGUCUCUCAAUGUCAGCCUUCGUCACUGGACUAUCAAGUAUGGAAUAAAUACCGCAGAAAGAUACUGUAAUGUUCUUGAAGGUAUGCAUGUUGUUUUAGUUACAAAAUCUCUGUUGUUACAAUUUGGAUAUCCUUUCUCAAGACCAUUUACAACUUCUCUUUAUAUACAAGCAUCGCAGCAAAAAAUUAAGACACAAGUUGCCAAAGGAGUGUCUUUCAAGCACGGGAAGAAUCUUUUCUCAGAUGCACACAGCAAGUGGAAAUACAGUACUCUUAAUACAGAAAGAAAGCAUAAUUUGUAUAGAGAUUUUGGAAUAAAAAAGAUAAUAUACCCAGCAUCUAAAGUGGAAUGGCAUGGGUGUAGUAAAAACACUGCUCGAUGUUUUGGUACCGUAAUCAAUAAUAUGCCUGAAUACUUAUAUGAAAAAAAAUGGACUCCCCCAUGUUGCCUUGAAAAUUUACGUCAAACUGCAAGAUAUGUAUUUAGUAUUCUAGAAAAAUGCAAGGUACGUUACUGGCUGGAAGGUGGCAGUCUUUUGGGAGCUGCUCGUACUAAUGAUAUCAUACCAUGGGACUAUGAUGUUGAUGUCGGAAUAUAUAAAGAUGACAUUCAAAAGUGUGAAUGGCUUAAGAACUCACUCCAGCAAUCUAUUGUAGACACUCAAGGUUUUGUGUGGGAAAAAGCACAUGAAGGAGAUUUCAUACGUGUACAAUUUAGUCAGAUGAAUCAUUUACAUGUUGAUAUAUUUCCAUUUUAUUCACGAAAUGGAACCAUGACUAAAGAUACGUGGUUCCCCAGUCAUAAGCAAGAUACAGAAUUUCCAGAACAUUACCUUAAACCGCUUUAUAAAAUAAAGUUUAUUGGAGUUGUAGUGUCUGCACCCAAUAAUUACAGAAAAUUUUUAGAAUUUAAGUUUGGCAAAGGUGUGAUAGAAAAUCCUGAAUAUCCAGAUCCAAAAGUAUUAAAAUUUCCAAAACCUAAUUAAACUUUUACAUAAAUUAUAACAAAUUACGUCACUGCAAUUCUUAAAUGAUUUUAAAAUAUGAUUUGUUUGAUACCUAACAGCACUGUUUAAAAUAUGUGCAAGUUGGAAUUAUUAAAAAAUACCUCAGCAGAAGCAUA